UCUGAUAUUGAAAUAUUACUUUAGAAUAAACGUGUUCAAGUCAAAGAUUUUGCAUUGAAAAUUAUUUCAAAGCAACUCGGUUUUAAACAAAUAAAUAUACCAUAGUCACUCAUAAGGUUUUAGAGUAAGUUUGGCAAUGCCCGAGUGAUAUUGCCUUUACCCAAGCAGUUAUGUCUGCAAACUGUGAUUUAUUACCAUAUGCUGAACAUAGGAACACCAGCCGUGUUGAAAUCGGAGAAUAUCAGGAUGAAGUUCCGGAUGGAAUGUGGCUGGACAAGUCCCCAGACAGUUCUAAAAAUACAAGUCCACCUGGUUAUCAGAUAGUGGUAGAAACACCGACUGGUAAUGCAGAAUACGAAGAUGACAUUAACGUCUUGGCGAGCAGCACGCAGCCACUGCGUAUGGACUUCGAGGACACAAAAGAUGAUGACGAAGAUGAAGAAAAAGAUGACGAAGAUCCACAUAAACCGAGAGGCAACUGGGGUGGGCGCUUCGACUUCCUUGUAUCUCUUCUAGGAUAUUCAGUUGGUCUAGGGAAUGUAUGGAGGUUUCCCUACCUAGCAUACCAAAAUGGAGGAGGUGCCUUUGUGAUUCCAUUCAUUAUAAUGUUAAUUUUGGUCGGCAUCCCACUCAUGUUCAUGGAAAUGGCGUUUGGGCAGUAUGCCAGCUUAGGACCCACUGCAAUAUUUGGAAAGUUCUGUCCCUUAUUUCAUGGUCUGGGAUUUGGCAUGGUUAUAAUAUCUGGGGUUGUAUCACUGUACUACAAUGUGAUUCUGGCGUGGACAAUCUUCUAUAUAGCAGCCACAUUCACCUCUGUGUUGCCAUGGGAACAUUGCGAUCCUCAGUGGGCAACACACGAGUGUUACUCCUACGCUGAUGCAGACAACUGUGCUACAUUCAAUGGCAGCGUCUACCUUAAUGCCACCUGUAUGUUCCCCAAUACCACUGAGGAGUUUAGCUACCUGAAGGAACUGGCUCACAAUGCCACCAAAAAGACACCAGCAGAGGACUACUUUGAGAACUAUGUAUUAGAGCUGAGUGAUGGCAUAGAUAACGUUGGCCCAGUGAAGUGGCAACUACUGCUCUGCCUGCUCCUUGCCUGGCUCAUUGUGUUUGCCUGUCUCUCAAGAGGUGUGCAGUCCUUUGGAAAGGUUGCCUAUUUCACGGCUCUGUUCCCGUAUGUUGUCCUCUUCAUCCUCCUCAUCCGUGGAGUGACGUUACCUGGGUCGGUGGACGGUAUCAAAUUCUAUCUCACACCUGAGUGGCACAGACUGGGCAAGGCAAAGGUAUGGGUGGAGGCAGCUGUCCAGAUCUUCUUCAGUCUCAGUCCAGCUUGGGGUGGACUUAUAGCACUGGCCAGCUAUAAUAAAUUCAAUAAUAAUUGCUUCAAGGAUGCUCUGAUUGUAUCCAUUGGAAAUAUCAGCACCAGUAUAUUCGCUGGCAUUGUCAUAUUUGCCAUCGUUGGCUACCUUGCUCAUGAGCUGGAUCAAGGCGUGGGUGAUGUGGUGGCUCAGGGUGCUGGCCUUGCGUUCAUGGUAUACCCAGAGGUAGUAACAAGAUUGCCCAUCUCUCCACUCUGGUCCUUCCUAUUCUUCUUUAUGUUGUUAACCCUGGGCCUGGGGAGCAUGUUUGCCAUCAGCGAGACUUGCAUCACUGGAAUUACGGAUCUGUUCCCUCAAUGGCGCAGGCGGAAGUGGGCGGUGGUGUUAGGCUUUGCCAUAUUUGGCACUAUAGUCGGCCUGCCCAUGACUACCAAGGGAGGUAUGUACAUCCUGCAGCUGAUGGACACAUAUGCUGCCAGUUGGUCUGUGUUCAUCUUUGCCAGCUUGGAGUCUCUGCUCAUAGGAUGGGUAUAUGGUGCUGACCGUUUCUGCAAAGAUAUUGAACAGAUGAUAGGCCCCCGCAGCCGACUGUUCAAGCUUAUCUUCAAAAUAUUUUGGUGUUUCCUCAGUCCAGCCACGUUAAUGUUUUUGUUAUUCUUCAACUGGAUCCAGUACAAGCCUAUUGAGUAUGCAGGCGAGCCUUACCCCAUGUGGGCCGACGCCCUGGGCUGGAUGCUCUCUCUAACCCCCGUCAUUGUUGUAGUGGGUAUGUCAGUAUACAAGAUUUUUACCACACAUGAUGAAGGGAAAACAUUUUGGCAGAAAAUAAAAUUUCUCUCACAACCGCAUGCCUCAUGGGGCCCUGCCAAUACAAAGAACAGAUAUGACAGUGUCACUGUGCAGUACACACCGUGAGAGGGGAAGGCAUUUAAAGAAUUUUGCCUGACAUGAUAAAACCACACGCAAGUGAGAAAAAAAAAGAGAACAUAAAAAAAGACACUAUCUAGCACACAGACCAAUUAUUUGAGGAAUUUGGGUGUUUGCUGAACACCCCAUCAAUUGUGAUCCAAUUACCAUCAGUGAAGAGAAAAGGAAAGCAGUAUAUAAACAGAACUUCACCAGGAUAGGGGUCCACCCACACAGCAUGAAGUGGAGAUCUUGGCUCUGUAUAGAAAUAGAUAAGAAUAAAAACUGUGAUUUUUAGGUCAAGUCUGCCUUAAAACAUGAUCUUAAACAAUGCACCUUAGUGUACAGUAAACGUUUUGCUUUAGCAGUCCUACUCAAGCUUGCUUGCUUUCUUGGUUGCAGUUGUUGAUGUUUGAUUUGUCAGGAAAUUAAAAAUUCCUGCCCCCUGUUCAAAUGAACAGAGGUGGCAUUCUGCUCAAACGUGCUAUUUCAUAUACAUAUAUAUCACUGUAGUCAUAGCAACCUGCCCAGCUGUUUCUGGGCACACACACCCCCCUCCCCCUGUGUCUCUACGUUGUUGACCAUAACAUCCGUACAGCUGCUUUGAAGAACAUUAAAAAUAGAUGAAAGUAUUUAUUGAAUAUGUUGUUAAAAGAUUGUUGACUUGUCACAUAAUUUUGUUGGGUAUUGGAAUUAGUGUAAAUUUACAGAAGUAUACCUCUUUAUGUAUAAUCUGUAGUGUCAUUUUGCUCACACGUCUUAGCUUGUUAGCUAGGGUGGCCAUAUAUGAACAUACUUCUGAGGGGAUGCUGAAGAAGUUAAUCACUAGAUUCUUGUUAUAAGAGUGGUUUACCGAGGAAUACCAUAGGAGUAUUUUUCUGCGACCAAAUCUCAACUCUUUUCAAAAGCCACUCGAUUCCAUUUUUCAUUCCCUCAGCCACAUUUGAACUGACAAUAUGAAUAAUGUUCAUGGAAAAAGAGUGGACACAGUGAAAAGCUGCAGUAUUGUUGACCCUUGUUCAGUAUUUGAUCUAGUCGCCUCUUACAACAAGAGUCACACAUACAGGGAUUUGUUAGGCAGCUAACAUAAUUCGUACUACAUUAUUAUUUGAAGGCAGCAGCAGCUUUCCAUACAACAGAAACCGAUGGUACUGAUCACUAUUAACAUUAGUUUAUGCUAUGCAAUGUAAAUAUCAUAAGAUUUUGGGGUAAAAAUUUUUUUCUCAAUUUUUAUUGAUAUUUUUUAAAUAGUUGGCCCUAGGCUUUAGGAUCUGAUGUGGAAUAUUUAAAUCACAAAAAAAAAAAUUCAUGUUUUUCUGCUACUUUUAGUGGUGGGAGUGGAGCAUUAUGCAACUAAUUUUAUUUUUUGAGCUUUCUAAUCUCAUUAAUUGUAUCGAUCUGAUAUACUUUUUGCAGCCUUGGAGUUUUUGCUCUCUAUCUCAGAUAACAGUUUUAUUGGCACUUUUGGUAAUUGGACUGCCAAGUAAAACAUAACAUAGUUAGAUACUAGUAAACUUCUUGAAUCUCGCACAAAGUUUGGCCCCUAUAUAUAUUUAUUUUCUCUGUUCUCUGCUUUUCUAGCUUUGUUCAUUUGAUCUUAAUGUGUAUGCUGUGUUAUGUAUUUAAACUAAAAAUAGUUGUUCAUUUUUUGUUAUUUUGAUUUUUUUUGUUGUCUCCUUUUUUUCAUUGGAUCCGACAUUAGAUGGUUUCUAAAUAUCUAUAAAUUUUGCUUUGCAGUUUUAGCAAGCAUUGCUUGACUAUGUUAUUGUUGACCUAUUAUAUACAUAUUAUUAUAUCCAAGGAUUUGCUGUGUUGCCAGUGUUAAAUUUACAUUUUUAUUUAUAAGGGCAAAACUAUAUGUUGCUGUAAACAUAGCAGCAUUAUUUCAUAGUCAUUUUUCUGGCAAAUGCCAGAAGUGUUACUUUUAUUAUUGUUAUCUAUGUUCCCACUCCAUUGCUUUUCCCCAACAAAUAUUUUUACUACGCUUUUUGUGUAGUCCAUUUAUUAUUAUUAAAUAAACAUUAUGUGCCUCCCAGAUGCUUAUUAUGCCAAUAUUGCAACAUGAUAAAAUGUUGUGAACGUUAACUUAUCGCCCUUGUAGAUAGGGAAUAAGGGGUAAACCUUAAGUAGAUCAAAUGCUCUUAUGUGUCAACAUGCAGAUGAUUUAUUAUUAUUAUUAUUAUCAUUAUUAUUAUUAUUAUUAUUAUCUUAAGAUAAUAUAAUAUUUAAGUAUAACAAGCACAUGUUGGGUUGUACUGUGCUUAUGAAAAAUAAUAGAGUGAAAAGUCAUAAUAUUAUGAGGAGAAGACUGCCGGUGUAUAUAGUCUUUAGGUGGUGGAGGGUGUGUAUCAUCAUAAUGCCUGUAUAUAGAUAUAUUUAUGUGACAAACACACUGAAGAUCUAACUGGGACAGGGUUGUCAAGGAGGCUGAACUAAGCCUUUGAUUUUUUUCCUCUUUAUUUCAUGGUUAAUGUGAUAGUUACCUAUUUUGGCAGGUGAAAGAGAUUUGGAGAAAAUUUCUUCAUUUCAUGCACUGCUUCUGGAGUUAUAGCCUAAUAUUUCUUCAUCUGUCAGACUUCGAUUUUACAUCUAGAAAUGAUUCUAUGUAGAAAAAUUCCAUGAACCAUGAAAUAAAAAAGGAAAAAUAAUAUGAUAAAGUAUAUAUUUAAGUAUAUAUAUAUUGACAGAAUGGGAUGCUCGCCACAUCUCAACUGAAGCAUUAAGUUUCAUAUUACUCCUGUUACUUGCAAUACAAUGUAUCUGAAAAUAUAUAGACCCACUUCCAUUGAUGCCAAUAAUGUAUACAUAACACUGCUAUAUAUUACACAGUAAAAACACCAAUUUAAAUAUGCCACGUACCUGUACAUGUAUAAUGUCCAGUCAAACCUAAAUUAUAAUCAGUAUGUGUAUGUAUGUAUAGCUUUUGUUUUACUGUUAUUUGUUUUUGUUGUUAUAAAUGCACUAUUGUUUGCUUGAGAGAGAUCCACGUGCAUUCAAAAUAUAUUGAUGAUUUUCAUGAAAUAUUUUAAAAUGUUUAAAAUGCAAACAAAGGUUAUGGGCAGAGAGACAUUUUCUUUUAUCAGGUAGCAUAGAAUCAAGCGUUAGGUAAGUUAUAUGCGGAGCAUUAAAUUUCCAAGAAAAAUUAUUUAUGGGGCAUAUGCUCGAAGACUGUAAAAUUUUUUUGUAAUUAAAAGAAUGUUAAUUGAGAUAAGUAUUUAAUUGGUCAAAACUGUAAAAAUGCUAAUUUUCUGAAUGUAUCUAAAUAUUAGUUCUAUUUUAUUUUGUAUCGUACAUUGUUUCCUACAGCUAAUUACUUGCAAAACAAAGUUGAAUAUUACUUGGAAAUCACUGAAAAAUUCUACUGCCUGUUAUCAAAGUAUUUUCUUAUAUGUGUCUGCCACGUAUGUAGUUUUCCGUGGGUUUUGUGUUCUGUUUAAUAAGCCUUUUUAGUUAAUAUUUUAAUAGUAUUAGCUGCUCUCCUAAAGCCAGAAAAUAUUAUAAAAGGGAACUGGCAACCGUAUUACUUGGUUUGUUAACCUAUAAAUUAAGUGAAUAAAAUAUACUUGGGUUUAUUUA